AUGGGCCUAGUGGGUCGGAACGCCAACUUUGUUUUCGUUGAGCACAGAGGCCACCACGGCGGUAUGGCUCGAAAGGAGCGAGGGUCCGUUAGGAGACAUAUUGCGAACGAAACUCUGCGAAAAAGAUGUGCGCGACACGAGCCACCUGCCUCGCCGGCCUUCAGCGAAGCAAUGGUCAUGCAGAAAGUCUCGCCUAAGGACAGUGAUAUCGACACGGAAAUGACCGAAAAAGCAACCUCGGACAAGGCCCAGGAAACAAGAACUCCGCUGGAUCGACUUGGUGUUUUAUCAUUGCCCAUAGGCAAACCUGAUGACUCUGAACUCAUCGAUCACAUCUCCACAAGGUUGUGGCCUGGCUUCCGCUACAAUUUCGAAGGGUCGGUCAAUCCUUUUCCUAAGUACUGGCUACCUCGGAGCCUUGAGAAUCCAGCUUUGUAUCACGCGUUUGUAUUUUCUGCGCGUUGUCACUUAUCGUCUCGUUUGAGUUUGGCAGGGCAGAAGCCGCGCGAUAAGGGGAAAUUAGUCUCCUUGGAAACGAGAGCCCUCGUUGCAACAAGAGAUCAAAUCAACUGUCACAACAUGACAACUUCUGCAAACACGCUCGAAGAUCUCAUCAUGAUCACUAUAUGCCUUGCCACAAAUGUACAGGGUGAAAGUUUGCUGAUGGCCCGAGAUCCAUCGCCUUUCUAUCCCAUCUUGACGAGUGGUCGCUGGUUGGAUACCUAUGGCGCUCUCGCUUGCCGAAAUGUACAUUGGAAUGCUGUUCUGCAGCUUGUUGAAAAAUGCGGUGGCAUAGAAAAGAUUAGCUCCUUUGGCCUUCCUUGGGUAAUUACCUGCGCGGCAUUGAACGUGGCUUCAACUACGCUCUCCCCGCCUGCAUAUCCAUUGCUGGAUGUUAAGGGGAGACCAUGCCAAAUGAAGAAAUAUAAAGAAUUAGUCAACUUCAACUUAUGUGAACCCGCAUGUUUAACCAUGGGUGGAGGUUUCGAGAUCCUAAAGAAUGUCGGAUUGUCCGACAAUCUAGUGAAUGCCUUCACGUCGCUGGGAGACUUCUCCAUGGCUCUAGAUGCAUAUUCUACCGGCCAAAUGACCAAUGUUGAUAUGGACGCCAUGCUUGACACUCGCGAUGUCGUGAUCCAUACGCUGUUGUCUCUUCCUUCGGAUUAUGAUGCGCCAACGAUGCAAUCUCGCGCUGGUUUUACCACUCUACCAGGGAGCUCGGCGGAAGCUGAUAUCAGUCUCUUCAUAUACCAGGCGUGUCGAUGGGCAGCGCUAUUAUACGUGAUCAUGCUUCCUUGCGUCUCAGGGUCUGGCUUCUGGUAA